AUGUCGGUCCCUGGGGACGUCACCACGGAUCCAUUGGGCAAGCUUUUGCAACCAACGACAAACGAGGAGUUGCCGUCCAUGGUCAUUGAUACCGACGGCGUCGUUCAAAACGCGCCAAUACUGUCAACGAAGGAGAUCUGUCAGGAUACCACGAAUACAGUGGCCACGACGGCGGCUCGCGCGUCGCCGUCGAAAGAAAGCCUGGGAAGCCUUGCAACGUGGGCUAUCCUGAUGGCCUCUGAUAUAAAGGUUUCGCAACCUGUGACAUUAUCUGGGUCGGAAGAAGUCGGUUUGAACGCCAUCGAAUACGACAGCCUCCCAGAAGUCAAUAUUGCAUCCCACCUUCCUGAAGCUGUCGAGGAAGGUGUUCAGAUAUCCGCGCCUGAGGCACAGCACGAACUCGACAACGCUGCUGAUCAACAGUCAAGUCAUCCAUUGGAUCCUGAAAUAACGGGGACUGUUGUAUCAACUGAGACCCCUGAUGGUGUUAAAUUUGAUGCAAUCAUUGCUGAAAAUCAAAAGGGUCCUGUUGAAGACACAAGCAAAGUAUCCAUUACUGAAGCUUUGAACAUUACUGAAGUCAAAGAUAUCAAUGUUAUACAAGAUAGCAGCGUAUUCGCUUCAGGCGAGAACAACGGCGACAUUCAACUUCCACCUGCUGAAGAGACUGACCGAGAUACCGCUGUUGAUGGCCCGUCAAUUCCCGCUGAAGCUGGUGUAGAACUUCACGAAGAGACACUGAGUCCAGGGAAUGAGGCAGGCAUCGUGGACGAAAGUGAUGUGCCUUCUACUACUGCGCCCGAAUUAAUCCUCGGCGACGGUAAUACAACAAACGAAAGAUCUGCUGAUGAGCAGCCGCAAGAUAUUGCCGAGAUUUCUACAGCCGAACAUGUGUCCGUCGCACCUGAAUCCAUCAAUGAAGUGGUCACAUUUGCCAGUGCUGAGAUCCACUCUGACAAGGGGGAGAUAUCGCUUGAACAAGAGGUAGUAUCGGUUGCUAGCCCUCCCGUUGUGGAAGAAGUUCUCUCAGAAACUCCGUCGGAGACUGUUAAAAUUGCAGUGGCGUAUGAGGCAGAGAAACCUCCAACCGUCGCAGAUGCUAUUCAAGUGUCCAAGCUGGAAACACCUUCUCCAGAAGUCCAUGUUGUUGAGAUCGAAGCUGUCCCCAUUGAUCCGUCGCUCAACGAGGAGCUGAUCGAAACCGUUGCAGCUCACAAGGUUGAUGCCGCCAUCCUUCCUGUCACGAACAUUUCCGAAACUGGCGACAUUGCAGCUGACGGAUUGGGAAUUUCUUCUGAAAUUGUGGAUGCUUCAAACGCUGACGUUCAAGACAUCCCUCUUGAGUCAAUAUCUCAAGUUGUGCAGGAGGAACAGUUUGUCCGUGAGUCUUGCAAUGGACCCGAUGAAACUUCAUUGCCGUUGGAGGGUGAUAUCCUUGAUCAUGCACUCGAGGUGGAAACCCUCCCCGCUGAGACCCUCGUAGAUGUGGCAGAGCCAGCCCCUACUCACGCAAUUGAAUUGCCGGAUACCGCAAACGGGGUUGCUGAAGCAGCAGGGCACGCCCUGGUUGACCUCCAUUCCGCUGUCGAUGUCCACCAUACCGUCGCCGUCGUCGAAGAGGUUGUAGUGGAUGAUCUGGAAACUCAGGCCACUCCGGUCGUAGCGACUGAACUUUCUGAAAACAUGGAGGUCGUUCUCGUGGAAGAGGCCUUGGUCAAUACCCAGCCUAUCCUAGAUGACGAUGUUGUGGUCAUGGAUACUUCGUCUGUCAGUGAAGCCGAAGCAGGUGGCCCAGAUGAAUUCAAUAGCAACGAAAAUGCAAGUUUAAAGGCGGAAUUACAGGCUACUCAAAUCUUUUCUGGCGAUGCGGACGUUUCAAAGGCCACAGUUCCAGAAGAUUUGCUGGUGGAAAAGCUUGAAGUGGAGGGAAUAUCUGAUACCAAGAAAGUUUCUUUGGAUAACGGCGAUUGCAUCCAAGAGAGUCAAGUGGCUUCAGAUUCUGAAUUUUCAGAACCUCCAGCAGACGCAAGGGCCGCACCUGUCACAGCCGUGUUUAUGGAUGAACAGACAGUGCAGAUCGCCGAGCAUGACACGGAUGUUACGGAACCAACAUUGGCCGAACAGGGCGAAGUAUUAGAGACUGUGGAUCUCACAAUAGCUCAACCUCUUUCCAACGAAUUUGCAACAGAUGCGACGGCGGCUGAUCGCAGUAACGUCCGAGCGAAAACUUCGGCUACCGCGCCCAGCGAAGAUGGGUUGGCAGGGGAGGCCAAAGAGCAUGCGCAGGAUCUUCAAGAUGACUCUCAGGUUACCACUGUGAUCGAAGAAGGGAAGGUAAAGCUCGAAGCUGGGGUUGCAACGAAAGAGGAACAAUCAGAAACUCAGUCGAAAGACUCGUUCUCUCCUACAGAGAUUGACAAUUCCUCGACCCACUCUCAACCCUCAGCUGAUCAAGUCGCCAAUCUGACAUCAACGCGUCCCACCUCGGAUCAAAUCUUCUUUGAGAUACAACCAUCUGAAGAGGUAGCAACAAACAUUGUUACACCCGGCGUCGUUCCUCUCGCCAACGCUCGCGCAGACACUGAGGAAAGAAUCCAAGAAACCGUCACUGAGGUCAGCGUUUCACAAAUGGAAUCCGUCAUCGAAGGCAAAAUGCCACUGGAGGAACCGGCCGCCGAUGUCAACGUCCCACAGGAGGAAUCAGUCCCCAAUGUCAACGUUCCACAGGAGGAACCGGUCACUAAGGACAGCCUUCUACAGGAGGAAUCGGUCGUCGAAGGCAGCGCCCCACAGGGGGAACCAAUCACUGAAGCCAACGUUCCACAGGAGGAGUUGGCCAUUGAGGUCGUUCCACAGCAGGAAGCGAUCACCCAGGUCGAUGCUCCGCAGGAGGAAUUGGUCACGAGUAAAGAUGAUCCCGCUUCCGCCAAUGCGCAAGUCGAGGAGGUCGUAGUUGCAGAAAAGUCUGCACCUAUCUUAGAAGAAGUGGUGAGCGCGCCGACACUUGCGGAGGAGUUGGCUGUAUCAGAGCUUGCUAGCGAGAAGGGCGACAUAGCAACGUCAGAGGAGGUUGAAGAGCAACUCGAGUCCAGCGUCCCACUCAUCAAAGAGGAAUCGCCCGCGUUUGAUAUAGGUAUCGUGUCGGACGAACAAUCAAACCCCCCUUUCUCUGCCGAGCCAGUGAAUGGCGUGGCUCCCGUUCCAUUGCUUGAACCUCCUGUUGUGCCGACUCACUCUGCCGAUCUGGCAAAGCCAAACCAUCAGGAGUCAGAGGCACAAGUUCAUGCUGCUAACACGGUUUCCGCGAUAGAACCAUCCGAAACCCCUGUUGUCGAGGAAUCUAUUCUUCAACACCAAGACUCUGUGGUUGAAGUACAAGUUCUGGUUGACCUCACAGCUACAGAAGCUUCCGAGGCUCAAAUUGCUGUUGACUCAGUCGUCGAGCCACCUGCUACAGAAAAUGUCGAAUCUUCCACCCUGUCCUUUGAACACAAGGGUAAUGAUACAGAACCAAGUGCUGAUGGCAUCACAAACUCGGAGGAGUUACCGAGCGCUGCUAACGAUCCACCUCUCCUAAAUACUGACGUAAUAAGCAUUGAGUAUGCCAACUCACCUUAUAUUCCCGCCUUCAUGGUAACAACAAUUGGGUCUAGUUCGACGUCGGAUGAGCCCAGUGGCCCUGAAUCCCCCGUUGAUGUUGUUGAACAAGGAACCAUUACCCCGAAGGAAUUAUUAACAGCACCGGCUAUCCAGGUCGAGUCUUCAGAAACCGUGCAAACAGACAACGAAGCUCCCUUGGACGACUCACAACUCCCUGCUAGGCCAUGGACGCCGUCAUACUCGGUGCACUCUCAAGGGACCCCUCUAGUGACUGCCAAAGAGCUUAAUGAAGAAUCAGAUGUCCCCCUAGAUGAUGUCCCCUCGGCUGAACUAUGGACACCAUCGUACUCAGUGCACUCUCAAGGGACUCCGUUGGUGACGGCCAAAGAGCUUGAUAAUGAAGAUGCAGACGACCUUGUAGAUUACUCCCGCUCAGUCGAUGCAUAUGAGCCCAAGCUCGAAGAAACGACAUUUGCAAAGACUGAACAGCCAGAAGCUUCACCAGAUUCACAGCCAGAUGAACCGCAAAUCCAGGACGGUGGCCCACCGCCUCAGUACGAUCCAAAAGAAGAAACACGUGAACUGCUGGGUGCAGUAAACCACUUAGAAACGGAGUUAAACCUGGUCACUAAAAAGGAAAUCUCAACUUCUGAAAUAAUCUCCGAUGAACAAAACAAGCCGGAAACUGGGAUGGGAACAUCCAGGGACAUACCCACCGUUGUUACCGAGAUGAACACCCAGGGCAGCCCCUUACCAGAGUUAAGGGAAUUACAGGCCAUCGUCGAAGCGGGGUCACCAAUGCUUUCUAUGGAUGAGCCGAUCACCUCGCAAGACAGCUUCGAGGCAGCGCAGUCGACUGCAGAACACCUGCACACCGCAGUUAUCCCUGUUUCCGUCCCUCCCAUUAGCAUUGAACUUUCGACCGACGAAGAUCAUGUACAAAACGAAAGGCUCGGGUCCGAGCAAUGUCUUGACGAACCAACGAUACACGGACAAUUGUCUGACAUUCCUAUCCCCUUGCUGAUCCCUUGCAUGGAUGCCCAUGAUUCGCAAAAGGACACGUGGACUCCGAGCUAUUCAGUAACGACGCAGGGAGUGGCUCAGUCGCAUGUUGAAAUCAUCGAUGUAUCGCCUGGAAGUUCUUCAGCAGCUAUCGAACCACUAGCUCAUGAUUCAGACAAACCUUCACCCUCACUCGCCAGCGACAUAUCUAACCAUGCCCUUGCCGCUGUCAAUGAACAAACAAGUUCAGAUGUAUUUCAAAGUGACAUCUUCGACCAGCUUGCCACUGGUCAGCCUACUCACCCAUCCGACCUUGUGUCUGAGCCACGUCUGGCGUCAACCGGAGAUGAGACUCCUACACAAACUGCUGUAGUAUUGGACAAAGACAUUGUCGUCGACGUUGAAACGCCGGCAGACGGACUUUCACAUCAUAUUUUUCCUUCUGCAGACGACACCCCACGCGAAGGCGCUCUGGAUUCGAAAGACAACUGUGUCUUUAGGCCCAUAGUACCCCGUUUGGUACCCCUCGAGGAGUGGUCAAACGACACACUUCACCCCGAACCAUCUGCACGCAAGAGACUUGAAUCGACGACUUCAUCGCGAUUUUUCCCUGGAGGAUGGUUCUCAUCGAGCUCCACUAAGUCUCCAGACGAAAGCCGGCCCUCUCUUGAACUUGCUCAAGGAGAAUUUAUACCCACCAAAUCACCCGCUGAUGGCACCGAGGCCAAUGUUUCUGCGGUGUCUCCCGCCACAACCGAGUCAUUUGGCGACCCCCGCGAGGCAGAUUCAGCAUCUUCUGAAGAGAAAAGAAAGUGGUGCAUUAUCAUGUAA